UGGGUCGGGACUUCGGAGUUGAUCAUAAAACUGAAACCAUGAAGAUGCAGUAUGCUCGCAACAAAAGACAUCGCCAGAGUGCAUGGGCAGUUAGGUUGGGCUGUUGACGCAAGAAUAACAGAAGCUGCUAAACGGACGUCGAGCUGCUUCUGCUGCUUCCCAGUCCUAAGCGAUACCUUUCUCAGAAAAUCACCUUCACCUUCAUCUUCUCCCUACCAAAUAUGUCCAAACAGAGUUUCUCAACUUCUGCUGCUUCCUCGCUUUCUUUCUUUCAGUGCUCACCACAAGAACAAAUACAACCAUGUCUUCUUACCCGCCAACUGGCUUCCCUCUGCACCAUGUGCUCGUUCCCUUCUGUUUUGCUCUCGUUUUUGCACUGUCCUCCAACAGUUCGACGAAUUGCCGCAGAGAGAAGGGCGGUUGGAAGACUCCCAUUUGCGUGCUGUUCUUGGCGUCAUCAAAUCCGACACUAUAAGGUCCAGCUUUUUAAGUAUCGGCAUUGGCCACUGCUUAGCCCUCAAGAUUGGAGUUCUUGCUCAUUUGCCCGUUUCCACCUCUCUUCUAACUGCAUAUUCCAGAGCCAGAGAUUUUGGUUCUUCAUGGGCUUUGUUCAAUGAAAUUCUUGACGGAGAUGUGAUCAUUUGGAAUGCAAUGAUUACUGCCUCCCUGGACAAUCGGUGUUUUGGCACAGCAGUUAAUUUGUUUGCGAAAAUGAUAAGAGAGGGAAAUGGGUUUGAUUCUACGACUUUGUUGCUCGUUGCAUCAGCCUUGUCCCACAUGAAUGACUCGAGAAAUGGUCGCAUUCUUCAUGGUUUAAGCUUAACGACGGGAAUGUUCUGGGAUUCUUUUCUUUGCAAUGCACUUGUAGACAUGUAUGCAAAAUGCAGUGACUUGAACUCCGCUGAGUGUGUUUUUGAAAUGAUGGAAUGCAGAGAUAUUGUAACUUGGAAUUCAAUAAUGAGUGGAUGCCUUUAUAAUAAUUGUCCUGAGAAGUUAAUGUGGUACUUCAGAGAGAUGUCUUAUCUUGGAGAAGUUCCAGAUGAUGUGACUCUGUCCUGUGCUAUUUCAGCUUCAGCAUGUUUGGGGAAUAUGGAUUUGGGUGAGCUAAUUCACAGCCGGGGGAUUAAAUUGGGUUUUGACGAGAGCUCGAAGGUUUUGGUUUCAAACUCCCUCAUUUCAUUAUAUUCACAUUGUGGAGACUGUAAUGCUGCAGAGACUGUGUUUAGGUGUAUGAUAACUAGGGAUGUGGUUUCAUGGAAUGCAAUGAUUGAUGGAUUUGCCUCAAGUGGAAAAAUGUUGGAAGCAUUUGACCUUUUACAUGAAAUGCAGUCAAAGGCGUCUGUUCAACCGGAUUCAGUGACUGUAAUAACAAUAAUUCCUCUUUGUGCAGAGUCAAUGCUGUUGAGAGAAGGACGAACCAUUCAUGGACUUGCAAUUCGGAGAGCAAUGAGACCAGCUUUGUCAGUGAUGAACAGCCUAAUGGAUAUGUACUCAAAAUGCUAUGACAUGAAUAGUGCUGAACUCUUGUUCAAAUCCACCCCAGAGAGAGACUUGAUCUCAUGGAAUACAAUGCUUUCUGGAUAUUCCCAAAAUGGGCGCUGUGGCGAAGCUCAGUAUUUAUUUAAAGAGCUUCUCAUUUGUAGCUUACAUUACAGCUUAUCAACAGUUUUGGCAAUUCUUUCUUCAUGUAAUUCAGCUGACUCUCUGGAGUUUGGUAGAUCAAUUCAUGGUUGGCAGUUAAAAUUGGGAUUUUCAUAUAAUAUUUGUGUGGUCAAUUCUCUCAUGCUUAUGUAUAUUAACUGUGGAGACGUAAUAGCUUCUUUCUCUUUGCUUCAGAGAAUUUUACAUGUUGCAGAUAUUGCUUCCUGGAACACUGUAAUAGCAGGCUGUGCACAGAAUUGCCAUUUUUGGGAAACUUUAGAAACUUUCAACUUAAUGAGGCUGGAGUCGCAUCUCAUUUAUGAUUCUAUUACCCUUUUUAAUGUUGUAUUAGCUUGUGGAAAUCUCAAGUUGUUGUUUGAAGGCAAAUUUCUUCAUGGGCUUGCUCUCAAAACUUCAAUAAUUUCACACACCCAUGUGCAGAAUGCACUCAUUACUAUGUAUGGCAGAUGUGGGGAUAUUGAAAGUGCAAGAUCAGUGUUUGGUUUCAGCCAGAACCGUACUUUGUGUUCAUGGAAUUGCAUGAUCUCUGUUUUUUCUCAGAAUAAAGAUGGAAGAAGAGUGCUAGAGCUAUUUCAUUGUCUCGACUUUGAACCUAACGAGAUAACCAUUGUUGGCAUUCUGUCAGCUUGUUCUCAGCUUGGAGUUAUAAGACAUGGGAAGCAAAUCCAAGGCCGUGUGUUCAGGCUUGGAUUCCAUAGAAAUGCUUUCAUCACUGCAGCCCUUAUUGAUAUGUAUAGUAGUUGUGGAAAAUUGGACGCUGCUGUACAAAUAUUUCAGAAUUCUCCAGAAAGAUCUGUUGCAGCUUGGAAUUGUAUGAUAUCUGCAUAUGGAUUACAUGGUAAUGCUAGCAAAGCAAUUAAACUCUUCCAUGACAUGUGUGAUUCUGGGACUAAACCAACGAAAAGUACUUUCAUUAGUCUUUUAUCAGCUUGUAGCCACUCAGGGCUCAUCAAGGAAGGUUUAUGGUACUACAAAUGUAUGUGGGAGGUAUUUGGCGUGGAACCUGUCACUGAGCAUCAGGUGUGCAUUGUUGAUAUGCUGGGCCGAUCUGGAAGGCUUCAUGAAGCUUGGGAAUUUAUUGAGCGAAUGCCGAUCCAGCCCAAACCAGGUGUAUGGGGAGCACUGCUAAGUGCUUGCAACUAUCAUGGAGAUAUUGAGAUGGGGAUUAAGGUUGUGAAAAUUCUCUUUGGGUUGGAGCCUGACAAUGUUGGAUAUUAUAUUUCAUUGUCAAAUGCGUAUGUUGCUGCAGGGAGAUGGGAUGAUGCAGUAGAGUUGAGGAAAAAAACUCAGGAUAAACAACUAAAGAAGCCAGCAGGUUACAGUCGCAUUGAUGUGGAUUUGAGAUGAGUCAGAACUUCAGAGAAAUUACUCUUGACAAUGUUUUGUCCUACUGGUGUAGAAGAAAGUGAAUCCAGAAUACAAUUAUAGUUUCAUAUUUUUCUUUCAUUUGAAUUUUUUCAGUUAAUACCCUCUUAUCUUAUGAAUUAUUUUGUGAACAUUAUCAUUGUUUGUUUUGUCAAUUGAUUUUAACUAUAUAUUUUGUAAGUAGAAUCUCAUUUUGCA